ACUUACCAGACUUGAUCUCAGUGCUCUUUACUCUUGACUCUUUUCUUUCCUCUUCAUAUUUUUAUUCCCCAACUUCGUUGACAUCUCCCAUUGCUGCGGCCAAAUUCCAAAUGGCUCUCAGCUUCUUUAGUGGCGGCGGGAGCGCCAGCAGCGCCAAGUACUUCGACAUUAGGUUGAAUGAUGAGUAUAUCGUGUUCCGCGGCGGUGAACAUGAGGCCGCCAGUGCGCAUCUGCGGGGCACUCUGGUCCUCUGUUUGUCCGAGCCGCUCACCAUUAAACACCUCCGACUCCAGCUUACAGGCAUGUCACGAGUUUGCUGGCACCUUCCCUCCAGUGCAGCCGCCGGUGGCCGUAAGUCAUGGCGUGAACGUGUGUUCUACGAGAAAACUUGGAGAUUCCGGGACCCGGGCAAAGGAAAAACCGAGAUCCUCCCUGCGGGCAACUACGAGUACCCCUUUGAUGUGGUGCUUGAGGGCUCCAUGCCCGAGAGUGUGGAAGGUCUUGCCGAGACAUGGGUGAUGUACCGCUUCAAGGCCGAGAUUGGCCGCAAGUACGUCAAGGACAUUGUUGCGCGCAAACCGCUCAGGAUCAUACGAACUCUGGAUCCCAGUGCUCUGGAACUAUCACAUGCAAUGUCUGUGGACAACAUCUGGCCCAACAAGAUUGAAUACUCCAUCAGUACUCCGACCAAAGCCAUCGUCUUCGGAACCGCCAUCCACGUCGAUUUCAAAUUGAUUCCCCUUCUCAAGGGUCUUCGGAUCGGUCAAAUUACGUCACAGUUGAUCGAAAGCCACGACCUUACCCUCAAUCCGGAAGACCCCGAUUCGAUUCGCAACACAUACAAGAUCACAAGGACGAUCUUGACCGACGAGCAUGAGUUGGACGAGGACAACGUUGAGAUCAUCGACGAAACGGCGGAGGGAUACCAAUGCACUCGUAUCUUAGACAUGCCGCAGACAUUGACCCGCUGUCUGCAGGAUACGGACACCAAGGGGAUCAAAGUCCGCCACAAGUUGAAGUUCCGUAUUCAGCUGCACAACCCCGACGGCCACAUCAGUGAGCUCCGCGCUACGCUUCCAGUUUCGAUCUUCAUCUCACCACACCUUGCCAUCGAUGACAACAACAACCUUCUUGGGCAAACCCCUCAAUCUACUCGGAUUGCCGUCGAUGAGUUCGCACACCAGGCGCCUCCCCUUUAUGGUGAGCACACCUUCGAUCAGCUGUAUAGCGAGCUGGAUCCCAGCGGCUAUCGCACGCCAGGCCCCGGCAGUGGUCCGGGCACGCCAUUCACUCCUCUCAGUCGCAACAUAUCUUCUGAGAACCUCGCCUCUAUGAACGCCCUGACCAACACCGAUAUCUCAGCUUCGGCACUGCAUCAUCGUCUCAUAAACCUUAACGCAAGUCCGCUCCACCAUCCCAUCAACACUGGUACAGUCACUCCUGGCGAGGGGCUGCAUGGAUCUCAAUCCCCAACAGACGCGCACCCCAUUCAUCGCCAAUUGGGUGUUCCUAAUGACUACUUCGGACCGGCUUCCGGAUCAAACUCACACAGCCAUGGCAGUCCAGAACUCUCCCGUCGGCCAUCCGACGAAGUGGAGCCCGAAGUCAUUACCUCUGGCAUGGCAACUCCCUUCCAUCCCCAGUACGACGAGGUGGAGACUCUCAGCCGUGUUCCUAGCUAUUCGACUGCAGUGCGCUGCGCCGUGCGUCCACGUGACUCCGGUCUCCCCGAUUACAACGCCGUGAUCGCUAGCAGCCUUCCCACGCUAUCAGUCCCGCAGUCCCCCCAGCAGGCUCAUAUCCGCAGCGGCCGUGCAAGCGGAGCUGCAACUCCCCUAGAGGUGCAGAAUCGUUCCGGCUACUUCAAUUCUCGCGGCACCAAUGCUGACGAUGAGGAACGCAGACUUAGACUUGUGCAAGCUCGCGCCAGAGUAUGAGAUGUGGUCAUGAUCCUUCGAUCCACGCAUGAUCCCCCGCCUUCAAUUUUCACCAAAAAGUUCUCCUUCGGUACCGGUGCUGGACACUGAGACCCCUUCGCGAACCGCCCUACCUCUUAACCCUUCUUCGGCACUUUUUCCCUCUCAUGUCUUUUUCCACGAACCAUCAUGGCCCGACUCCAGCAUUAACUACCCUUUUCGGGCCUCACUCUCAGGCAAUCUGGAACUUCUCACGCAGCAUCGUUCUGAAUUUUUCUACCGUCCACCAGCGGCAACUUCCCACCUCUUCUUAUUUCUCUUUGCCUUUCCUUCAAUCAUCUUUCUUUCCUCUGGCGUUCGAUUAUAGACGGGCAGGAAUAUUUUCAUAGAUGGUUACGGGUGUUUGAUUUUCCUUUUGCUUUUUUUUUACCUCACGAAUGGAAUCCGAUAUGAACGAGCUGCAUGACAUUGAAAUAUGCCCAUCAGCAGGAGCUACGCAUAUGAGCCUUUGACGCAUGUACUUAAUUAUUUUUUGUCGAUUUGACCAAACUCUGCAAUGCUCAACAGAUUUGACAUCUUCA